CCACACAGUGUAGGCUGGCUCAUCCCUAAUGAGGGCAGUAUCUAUAAGCCCGUCUUUAUUGCGCACUCCGUUGUCUCCGCUAUCUGGCUCCUGUACAAGACUCUCCCUGAGGGCACCCUGCCUAAUAAUGCCUGGGGUCGUCUAGUCUGCGCGGCCAAAGCGCUCGCGCUGGAGGAGGAGGAGGAGGAGGAGGGGCAGGGGAGCGAGCCGCCGCCGAAGCGACCCUCUCCCUUAGCCAUAGUCUCUACACCCAGGCGUGCUCGAACGGAUACUAAUGAGGCGCUUUCCAUCCACUCUCAGCCAUCUAAGCCCAGUAAGCCGGACAAACAACCAGAAGACCUACCCAGGCAUAGGAUGGUCGUCUCCAAUAAUAACCGCCGUUAUGAGUGGGAAUGCCGUAAGCGACUCGCUCUCUUAUAUGAGAGGGAACGCCUCACACUUGGCCUCGUAGCGCCUAAUAAUAGAGCCACUACCAAGGAGAAGGCUGCCUACGCCUCCAUUACGCAAUAG